GUUCGCUUGUCCGGAAUCAGGGCAUGUAGGAGAAUUUCGAUUAGGUUACUAUCUCUUGUUGAGUCGCGCAAUUAUUGGUGCAGACCACGUUCUGGAUGUUCGUCCCGGAGAUGCAGCGCUCAGCGAUUUUGAUCUUAUCGUUGCUGAGCAUCGCUGCAUUCUGCUGGCCGUAUGAUGAAUCGCUCGUUGACUACAAUCUAAACGAGAACAAAACCGCUGAACAUCCGAUCAACUACUGGGGAGAAUGGUCGGAUCACACAUAUCAUCCCUCGCCGGACAACUGGCGCUUCCCCGUCUAUACGAUUUUCUUAGAUCGCAUCGCCAACGGCGAUCCCUCUAAUGAUGACAUUAAUGGGACCACCUUCGAACAUGUGCUGAAUUCGAAUCAAAUGCGUCAUGGAGGCGACCUUGUUGGGCUGAUCGACUCGCUGGAUUAUAUCCGGGGUAUGGGCUUCAAGGCUAUCUACUUUGCCGGAACAGCUUUGAUGAACCUGCCUUGGGCCUAUGAUGGCUAUUCCCCGGUUGAUACCACUCUUCUCGACAUGCACCACGGCACGCUCGAGGAUUGGCGACGGACCGUUACCGAGAUCCACGAUCGCGACAUGUACGUGAUCAUGGAUAACACGCUGGCAACCUUGAGUAAUUUGAUUGGUUUUAAGGGCCAUCUCAACGACUCCGCGGAUUUCAACCCGAAAGAGUACGAAGUCGAGUACAUCUCGGACAGACAGUAUGCGGACUUUCAUUUCGGGAACGAAUACAACGAGACCUGCAAUUACCCAAGAUUCUGGAACGAAACUGGCUAUCCUUUGACGAGCGGGGGCGUUGAAGAUUUGAAAGGCUGCUACAACAGUGACUUUGAUCAAUACGGAGAACUCGAAGCGUUUGGUAACUUUCCUGACUGGAAGCGACAGCUUACGAAGUUCGCCUCCGUACAGGAUCGUCUCAGAGAAUGGCACAAGCCUAUCCGCGAUGUUAUUACUCGACAUUCCUGUAUUGUGAUUGCUAGCCUCGAUAUCGAUGGUUUUCGAUUCGAUAAAGCUGUCCAGUCGACCCUAGAUGCACUGGGUGACAUUACUGCGGUUUACCGUGAAUGCGCGAAGAAAUUCGGCAAGGAGAACUUCUUUCUCCCGGGAGAAAUCACGUCCGGAAAUACAUUCGGUAGUCUGUAUCUUGGCCGUGGCCGUCAGCCUGAUCAGACGCCAGACUCUGCAGGAGCUGCCGUCAAGUUGACGAAUACUUCUGAUGAGUACUUCCUCCGUGAGGACGGGCUUCAGGCACUUGACGCUGCUGCCUUUCACUACACAAUUUACCGGUCGAUGACGCGUUUCCUUGGGAUGGACGGUAAUUUGGUCGCUGGUUUUGACUUGCCCACGGACUUCAUCGAGGCUUGGAACGGGAUGCUGGUCACUAACGACAUGAUCAACGCAAUUACGGGCGAGCUUGACCCGCGACACAUGUAUGGUGUCUCCAACCAGGACAACUUCCGCUGGCCUGCUAUCAAAAAUGGCACUGUCAAGUACCUUCUCGGUCUCUAUAUUGUCACUCUGGAGCUGCCUGGCAUUCCUCUCGUUCUGUGGGGUGAGGAACAGGCCAUGUAUGUGUUUGACGCCACAGCCUCGAAUUACCUGUUUGGUCGACAGCCCAUGACAUACCAUACCGCCUGGUGGACGCACGGCUGCUUCAACCUGAACACUUCCAAAUUCUACGACUUCCCCAAUGAGAAGGGUCUGUACGGCUGCAACGAUAUCACAGUCACUUACGACCAGCGGAACCCGGCCCACCCUCUGCGCAACAUCAUGAAGCGGAUGUUUGAGGUCCGCGAGCACUACCCGGUCGCCAACGAUGGGUUUUACCUCGAGACGAUUUCGCAGCUGACCAAGGACAUUUAUCUGCCUGGGUCUUCGACGACGCCUACAGUCACUGGUCUCUGGUCAGUGUUGCGGAGCUACUUCCCAGGCGUCCAGAAAGAGUCAGACACGGCCAACAACACCAUCUGGCUUGUCUACCACAACGACAACAAAACAGUCACGUACGGUGAUAACUGUAGCAACAAGAGUUCUGCAUUGCUGUCCCCGUUCAAAUCGGGCAAGAAGCUGAAAAACGUUUUCUACCCGUACGAUGAGCUCGAGCUCGAGGAUGGCCCCAGCGGUCAGGACUACGGAUGUUAUCGUGGCAUGAAGUUGCUUCCUUGGGAAUACCGUGCCUACAUAGAGGCUGAUGACUUCAUCGAGCCUCGUCCUACUGUCACCGAAUUCGUGCCCGGACAUGACGUACGCUUACUUUCUAUGGAAGACCAGGCUCAGACCGUCAAUAUCUCGUUUGGCUACUCGAAAGUAAUGGAUUGCGAUGCUCUUACCGAAGCAUUCUCCCUCAAUUCCACGACUCACAAGGGCGUCACCCCCUCCCUGGACAAAUCUAGCGUCAGCUGCACCAAUGUCACUGCACGAACAACCAAGGAAAAUUAUGUCGGCGAGAUCCCCACGGUCUGGACAUGGUCCGCUCAGCUAAAUGAUGUCUACCAUGGAAUUCACCAGCUGACUGUUAAGAACAUCUCCUCCGCUGCUGGAACCCAUACCGACUCUGUGGACCGAUUCUUGUUCCGCGUUGGGUCUCCCACCAACCCCUUGAUCUCGCCGCUAAUGAACUACUCGACCACACUGGUGCACAAAUCCGAUAAUGGGAAUAUCAUCGUGCAGCACGAGGCUGCGGGUGCCGAUCAGUUCCGCUAUUCGACGACCUUUGGCCGCACUUGGUCCAACUGGACCACAUAUGAAGGUGGCAACACGACCAUCAAAGAGCUCGAGUUCGACGGCACCAAGAACCAGAAGUGGAAGGGUACCCACGUUCAGGUGCAGUAUUUCUCUAGACUCACUGGUAGCAGCUCAUACCUCCAGGAGGGGGAUGUUGAUUGGGAGGAAGGAGCUGUCCGCCGGUUCCCGCACUUGUGGUGGAAUGGUCCAUACAAUCAAUACGGUUAUGACUCUGGUCUAGAUGCAAAAAUGCACUAUGACAACGAUACGCAGCGCUGGAAGUACGACUUUGUUACCGAGUGGCCCUCUGUGGGACAGAUCAGUGUUUGGGGAAUUGGAGAGGAUGGUAUCCCUGAUACAACAGAGGUGUACGGAGAUGUCGACAACUCGUCCGUGGUGCAGAAGCUUCCCCCGUCGUAUCUUUCUUCCAAUGUCAUUAACAUCACUGAGUUGCCUCCUUUCCCACAUCUUGGAUGGACUAUUUCACUGAACGAUGCCAAUCUCCGGUAUGAGCUGCUUCCAGUUGGAUCGGGUUGGGCCCAGCUGGUGCUCUAUGUUCUACUGUGGGUUAUCCCUAUCCUCAUGGGUCUUGUGGGUGUUUACCUGUUCAUUCGGACAUUCUACCGCGUUGAGCUCAAUACGGACGGUAAUAUGGCCACCAAGGAUGGUGCAAUGCCGCUUGUAUUCUGGCGCAGACUCAGAGACAAGCUUGGAAGUGACGACGACUCGGUUCACGCAAUGUCAGACGUAUCAGCAGGACCGAUGGAAGUGGCAAUUGCUGGCGUUCCUGAAGAACGACGGACAGUGUUGAUCGCUACCAUGGAGUACAACAUCGAGGACUGGAAGAUCAAGGUUAAAAUUGGUGGUCUUGGUGUGAUGGCGCAACUCAUGUCUGCGAACUUGAAGCACCAGAACCUGAUUUGGGUUGUGCCAUGUGUCGGAGAUAUCGAGUACCCUACCGACUCGCCCGCUGAACCUUUUACUGUCACUAUCCUGGACAAGCCUUAUCUGGUCAACGUUCAGUAUCACAUUGUGGAUAAUAUCACCUAUGUGCUUCUCGACGCGCCAGUCUUCCGUCAACAGACGAAAGCGGAGCCUUACCCACCCCGUAUGGACGAUCUUGAGAGUUCAAUCUACUACUCAGCCUGGAACCAGUGUAUCGCUGAGACUAUCAAGCGAUUCCCCUCGAUCAACCUCUAUCAUAUUAACGACUUCCAUGGCUGUUUGGCGCCCCUAUACCUUUUGCCGAACCAGACAAUUCCUGUCUGCUUGUCUUUGCACAACGCUGAAUUUCAGGGUCUCUGGCCGUUGCGUACGCAGCAAGAGAAGAAGGAAGUCUGUUCUGUCUUCAAUCUCCCCGUCGAGGUUGCCACCAAGUAUUGCCAGUUUGGAAACGUACUCAACCUUCUCCAUACUGGAGCCAGCUACUUACGAUUCCAUCAACGCGGAUUCGGUGCGGUGGGUGUGUCCAACAAGUACGGAAAGCGCUCCUGGGCCCGUUACCCAAUUUUCUGGAGUCUGGAGAAAAUUGGCAGUCUUCCAAACCCUGACCCAUCUGACACGGCCGCCCUGGACGAGAAUGCUGACGCUCCCCUCCUAACCACCGAAGAGCGGAUUGAGCACAAGCUGCAGGCGCAGAAAUGGGCUGGAUUGAACGAGGAUCGUGACGCCGAUCUGCUUGUGUUCGUGGGCCGAUGGUCGAAACAGAAGGGUGUGGAUUUGAUUGCCGAUGUCAUGCCUGCAAUCCUCUCUGCUAGACCUAAUGUCCAAUUGAUCUGUGUAGGCCCGACCAUUGAUCUUUACGGCAAGCUGGCGGCCACUAAGCUGCAGCGGAUUAUGGAGAUGUUCCCUGGCAGAGUCUUCUCUAAGCCGGAGUUUACUGUCUUGCCUCCUUAUGUCUUCUCGGGUGCUGAUUUUGCGCUCAUUCCAUCGCGAGACGAGCCUUUUGGCUUGGUUGCCGUUGAGUUUGGUCGGAAGGGCGCGCUGGGAAUCGGUUCUCGCAUUGGUGGACUGGGUCAGAUGCCAGGUUGGUGGUAUACUGUGGAAUCGGAUGCAACACGUCACUUGUUGCAUCAGCUGAAAAAGGCAAUUAAGUCUGCGCUCGACUCGACUCAGGAAGCACGCGAGGCAAUGCGGGCCAAUUCCGCCAAACAGCGUUUCCCUGUGCUUGAGUGGAUUCAGAAACUCGAGGUGCUACAGCGAACUGCGAUCCAGAUCCAUCACAAGAAGAAUAAGGGCACCGUUGCAGGCCCCAUGCCUGAAUCGCAGACCUACUGGGAGACGCCGAGCAUGCCCGCCAGUGCCCGUGAUUCUACGCUGAGUCUUACAGGUCUUGCUGGGGAAGGUUCGGAAAAUUCUCCUGGGAAGGUGAUGCUAAAUGCACAAUCAAGACUGCAGGAACUACAGGCAGAUGACAACAGGAAUAGUGGCCUGGGCCGUAAACUAUCUCUCGGUCGACGAGCGGGACCUGGCCGAGGCAAGAAACUUCUUGGUAAACCGCGCAACAGUCGAAUCACCGAGCAGGAGGACGACGACCUGACUGAUUUCGAUGACGAAACCGAUGCUACUCAACAGUCGGACUACAUAUCUCCCGAUGAGGCGAUGAGAGCAGUCAACAGCACUCUGGCGGCACAGGAACUCGGUCAGACUCUUGGAAAUGGGAGUUCGCUCUCACUGGCCGGUACCCGACGCGGUUCUCAUCUGGGACUGCCAGGCUCACCCUGCCAGAUAUCACGAGCGUCCUCUCCUCUUCCAACACCGCUCGAGUGGCCGUUGUCUCCAGGCCUCAGCGAAACGGUUCCCUUCGCCCAUGCUCGCAAUGUGUCCGUUCUCUCUCUGCCUUCAGUCGUCGGUGAUCACAGCCAUGGUAACGAGACCCAGCCUGUCUUCGAACUCCAGAAGGUCGAUCCUACCUUCACGGACAGCAUGGGCCACUUUACUCGGCGCUUCGAGGAGCGUCUGAGAAAGUACGACAAAAACUCCAUCAAUGAUGACUGUAUCGAGACGUAUCUCAUGAAGAGUGAACGCAAAUUCUUCAACAUGUACAGUGAUGCGCAGCUGAAGAAGCACAUCGUGGACCGUCCCAUGACCUCACCCAAGUCUGAGAGUUUUGUCCAGGAUACCUCGUACAACCGUGUCUCAGACGCUGGUCCGAACUCCAACGAAGACGAGAUUGACCGAUGGCUCGCUCGUCUGGGGUAUAGGCGCCCGAUGUUCCUCCAGCGCUUCAUGAGACGACGCAUCGGAAAUUGGCCCAUAUACGCUCUCUUCCUUGGUCUGGGACAAAUCAUUGCAACGAAUUCCUCGCAAAUGACCUUGUUGGCAGGCCAGGUUGGUGAAACUGCCUCGAAGGUGUACAUCAUUGCCGCCAUCUACUGUGUAUCUUCGAUCUGUUGGUGGUUGCUUUUUUACUCUCUUCCGUCGGUGAUCGUCCUCAGUCUUCCCUGGUUCAUCUACUGCAUGGCUUUUGUGGUCAUGGGUAUCUCGCCGUUUGGUGCCUCUACUCUCGGUCGCGUCUGGGCUCAGAAUGUUGCAGCUGGUGUCUACGCGGCGGCGUCCUCUAGCGGCUCGCUCUUCUUCGCCCUCAACUUUGGGGAUCAGGGCGCCGUUCCCGUUAAAGAUUGGAUGUUCCGUGCCGCUAUGAUCCAGGGUAUUCAGCAAAUUUACACUGUCGCCCUGUGGUACUGGAGUGAGAGAGUCACGGCGGUCGAGGUUGCCGGUGUGACCACGCUCACUCUGAGCGACUGGCGUCUGACCGCUGUGGUGAUGCCCAUCGCUGCCCUCUGCUUCGUGAUCGGUGUCCUCCUUGCGCUUGGUCUUCCAAAGUACUAUCGUCAAGCACCGAGCCGCAUCCUUGACUUCUACACCUCGCUCCUUCGGCGUCGCAUUGUUCUCUGGUUCUUCUUCAUGGUGAUUAUUCAGAACUGGUUCCUUGCCGCUGCAACGGGUCGCAAUUGGUCCUUCCUGUGGUCUUCUCAGCAUGCGAAAACGUGGCAGGUUGUUAUCCUUGUCAUCGGAUUCUUCAUCAUUCUCUGGAUUGCCAUCAUGCUUCUCUUCCGCUACUUGGGCAAGGAACAUACCUGGGCGCUUCCUGUUUUCGGAUUGAGUCUGGGAGCACCCCGGUGGGCUCAAAUCUGGUGGGGAACCUCCAACGUUGGGAAAUACCUUCCUUGGGCUGGUAGCCUCACCUCUGGUGCGCUGAUCUCGCGAGCGAUCUGGCUCUGGCUGGGUGUUCUUGACGAGAUUCAGCAAGUUGGCCUGGGUAUGAUCCUCCUACAAACGCUGACGCGAGUACACGUGUGCUUUGUUCUUCUGGCCGCGCAGGCUCUCGGUUCCAUCGCGACCAUUGCCGCGCGUGGAUUCGCCCCUAACAAGGUUGGACCGGGUGGUGUUUCCCCUGACGUGGGCACCAGUGUCGACAAGGUCGGGAACGCAUGGUUCUGGAUCUCGCUUUUCUUUCAACUUCUAGCCGCCUGGGGAUUCUUCUUCUUCUACCGAAAGGAACAGCUUAGUCGGCCUUGAUGUGAUCAUGACUUGUGUUGGAUUGUCUUGUUUUUUUUUUUUUUGCAUUCAUCUUAUCUGCAUCUAUAGAAGG